AUGACAGAACAACAGCUCUGUGAAAUAUUUGGAAAAUAUGGACCACUGGCCAGUGUUAAAAUUAUGUGGCCUCGUUCCGAAGAAGAAAGAGCCAGAGGAAGGAAUUGCGGAUUUGUUGCUUUUAUGAACCGUAAAGACGGAGAAAGAGCAAUGAAAUCUCUAAACGGUAGAGAAAUUAUGGGUUUUGAAAUGAAGUUAGGAUGGGGAAAAGCAGUUCCUAUACCUCCUCAUCCUAUUUACAUUCCUCCAGCAAUGGUUGAACUUACUCUUCCACCACCGCCAUCAGGUUUGCCAUUUAAUGCUCAGCCGGACAAAAAAGACAGACAAAAAUUACCACCUCCAGGUGUGCCAUAUCCAACAACUAAAGAAGAAAGUGCAGAAUUCCAGCAGAUAUUAGCGAAUGCUGUUGUCAAAGUGGUUAUCCCAACCGAAAGGUACUGGUAAACUUGACUAAUUCUCUCAUCAUAUAUAACUGAUAUUCCUCCUUUCUUCAUUCAUCCUUUAAAUAUUCAAUGGAUGAUUUCAUUAAAUCAAAAAAUUAUUAUUAUUUAAAUACAUUUUUAAAUCGGUGCGGGAAGUUAAAAUCUUUCAUUUUCUUAAUUUUGAGACAUUUAAUAAACGUGUUAUUAAAUGCUUUGAAAUUAAGGAAA